UUGGCUCGACUCCAGCGUUGAGAAGCAUCGCCCUGUCUCGCCUUAGCUCUGCUCCACGCGUGAGUGGGCGAUACGCGGCAUGAGCAUCCAAGUAACGCUCAAGCUGUUGAGUGGAGACAAGUUCCAGGUCGAGGCGAAUCCAGAAGAGAAGAUUUCAGACUUGAAGGCCAAAGUGGCUCAGGCUCGGCCGGAGCUCCCAGUGGAAUGUCAAAAGCUGAUCUACUCGGGCAAAAUCCUAGCUGAUGAUGCCACACUUCAGGAGUCUGGCUAUCAGAGCUCUGGAUUCAUUGUUGCCAUGGCGACCAAGGCCAAAGCGCCAAGUGCGAAGCCAGCUGCGACACCAGCGACUCCUGCACCCGCGACCACUCCGACUCCCGCGGAGACACCGACACCAGCGGAGCCGGUGACUCCGGUUCCCGCACAGCCACCUGCCGCAGCUGCACCUCUUGAUGAAGCAACCAUUGAAAGCCUGUGCGAGAUGGGCUUUCCGCGGGACCAGGUUGAAGCUGCAUUGCGAGCAGCACCAGGACGAAAUCCGAUGAUCGCAGUAGAGUUUUUGAUGACUGGGAUCCCUGAAGCAGGUGGACCUGAAGCUCCAGCAGGGCUUGCUUUUCCAGCGUCUGCUUAUGGAGGAGGAGGAGGAGAGGGUGAGCCCAUGCCAGAAGUGCUGGCCCAAUUGCGAAAUAACCCACAGUUUGGACAGCUUGCAGCUAUGAUUGCAAGCAACCCCCAGAUGCUAGACCAGGUCAUGCAGGGCGUGCAAGCAACCCAUCCUGAGAUCGCUCAGGCCAUCCAGGAACACCCUGAUGCUUUCAUGCGGCUUUUGCAAGAGGCGACCGGAGCAGAUGCAGCAGAGGAGGAGCCUGAGUUUGUUGGCCCUGGGGGAGCAACCAGGGAACAACUGACUGCACUUGCGGCCAUGCUGCAGCAACAACCGGAUAUGCUGGAGCAGCUGCUUCCAGAUAUAGAAGCCCAAGACCCCAACAUGGCUGCAGCCAUCCGUGAGAAUCCUCAGCGGCUCAUCGAGCAUUUGGCGAGAAUGGGAGCUGGAGGAGGCAUGCCUGGAAUGCCCGGUGGCAUGCCCCCUGGUGGCGAAGUGAUUCGACUGACCGAGGAGGAGAACGCCGCCGUGGAAAGACUGGCUGCAUUGGGUUUUCCGAAAGAGAUGGCUGCACAGGCCUACUUGGCAUGUGAUAAGAGUGAAGAGCUUGCAGCCAACUUUCUUUUUGACAAUGCCGGCAAUUAAGGUGUCAGUGACCCGCUCCACACCGGAACCAAGAGCCUUUGCAACAUGUUGUCAGCGAACUCAAAGUAGAGCUUCUUGUUCCUA